AUGGACAGAGACGCGGCCGAGCCGGGGCCGGAGCCGGGACCGGGGCCGGACCCGUCCCGUCGGCGAAGCGGGGCGGCGGGCGCGCUGUACGGGGAAUUCACGGACACGCUGAGCGGCGGGGUGAGGUACUCGGUGAGCCUGACGGAGAGCGCCCUCACCGUGCAGAAGAUCUCCGCCUCACCUGGCCGGACCAAGGCGGUGUACGACCUGAGCGACUGCGUCGGCUGCCGGGCGUACGGAGGGCAAGGCGGCGCGGACGUCGGCGCUUACUUCCAAGCCUAUUUCUACCCGUUCAGGCGGCGGUGGAUGAGCCCCGGCGUGGCCCGGCAGCGAGCGGAGCGGGGCUUUCGGGUCGCGCUGCUCCAGGACCCGCUGGCCAAUCUCCGAGAGGCGGAGCGGUGGGCGAGGGCGAUCCGGGACGCCUCCGCGCGGCAGAUCCCCCGGCGAGAAGGUGUGGUGUAUGCGGAGUUGUGUCGCCCCUGCAGGGUCAUGGUGCUGGUGAACCCUCACAGUGGCCGUGGCCAAGCACUGCAGCUCUUCAGUGGCCAUGUGCAGGGCAUGCUCAGAGAGGCUGCUGUCCCUUACAACCUGGUCAUAACUGAGCACGAGAAUCAUGCACGGGAGCUGGUGAGGAAGGCGGACCUGUCCCAGUGGGAUGCCCUGGUCAUCAUGUCUGGAGACGGGCUGCUCUUUGAGGUGAUAAAUGGUCUAAUGGAGCGCGAGGACUGGGAAAAGGCCAUCCAGACCCCGCUGGGCAUCCUACCAGGUGGCUCCGGCAACGCCCUGGCUGCCUCCAUCCACCAUUACACACAGUCCCCCCCAGCAUGGAAUGAGGAGCUGCUGUUGAGCUGUGGCUUCAUACUGUGUAAAGGUCUGGUUGGUUCCCUGGACCUGGUCUCUGUCCACCUUGCCUCUAAACAACGCCUCUUCUCCUUCCUCUCCCUGGCCUGGGGCUUCGUGGCUGACGUCGACAUCGAGAGCGAGAAGUACCGCCACGUCGGCGCAAUUCGCUUCCUGAUGGGCACCCUGGUGCGCCUGGCCUCCCUCAGAGUCUAUCAGGGCAGGCUAGCUUACCUGCCCGUCAAGGAGGUGCCGACCCCUGGUAAAGAGUGCAGCACUGAGGCUAAUGCUCCAUCCUCCACGCCUCAGCACCCCUCGCUCUGCUCUGCCCUCCCCUGCCAGCUCAUCCCCAGCACCUCUCCCAAUCACAACUCCCGGCUUGUCCACGACAGCACAAACUCCAACCACAAUACCAUCACCAACUCCUCCAAUAACGCCAUUACCACCAAGAGACCAGAGACCCAGGUCGACAGCCAAACCAGAGCGCCUCUCGACUCCCUGCUACCGGCCUUAGACCAGCCACUCCCAAAGAGCUGGACAGUGGUUGGGGUGGAGGACUUUGUCCUGGUGCUGGCUAUGUACCAGUCCCACUUGGCCGAGGACCUGUGGACCGUCCCAGGCGCGGCAACAGACGACGGGCUCAUACAUCUGUUCUAUGUGACCGCAGGCAUCUCCAGGCCAGCCCUCCUGCGUCUCUUCUUAGCCAUGGAGAAGGGGGCCCACUUGGCUUGCGGUUGCCCCCAUUUGGUGUACGAGAAGGUGAGGGCGCUGAGGCUGGAGCCGCUCUCUCCUCAAGGCAUGAUCACUGUCGAUGGAGAGAUGGUGGAGUACGGGCCCGUUCAGGCCCAGAUCCACCCGGGACUGGCCAGACUCAUAUGUGGAUGA